UGUGAAUAUAAAUAUGUUAAGUAAGGAGUGAAAGAGCAAUCCACAAACCAAUCACUUCAUAGUUCAUACCAUAUAUCAAUUCUCUCAUAGUCUCAUGGCUACUAAAUUCAUCACCCUCACUCAAAUCCACCGCCCUAAAACCCUACUUUCCACCACAAAAUCUCGUCGACGCAAUAGUAACAAACCCAAACCAUUCAAAACCAUCAGCGAAAACAUGUUGAACAACGUCUUUUCUGGCAAAACGCUAACAGAAAUCUACCAUAAUAAAAUAAAUUCACACCCUCUUACUAAUCCACUACUGUUUAUUGAAGAUCCGUCCGUAAAAGAAGAGGAGACGAAUCAACAAGAACACGGGAAGGUCUCAAACAAAGAUGGUAAGUCCAUAACCGCGACCAAAUACGGAGAUUUGAGGCGUGAUGUUGCUCGAUUAAGCUUGUUGUGGUACAUGAAAUGUUCCAUAAGCCAUAUAUUAAGGAAGGCAAGAGCGUUUUACAAUGAGUUUUGUUGUGAUACUUAUGCUGAGAGUAACACUAUGGCUGUGGUAGAGCCAUAUUUUUCUAUUCCGGUAAUUAAUUAAUACCUCCAAAUCGACGUAAUUAAAAAUUGUAUUUAUAAUUAGUAAAAUGUUUCAUUAGUUUUGUUGUGUUGUAAUGUGAUGUGCUCUCUAUAUAUGUCAUAUAUGUGUAAACAAGACGUCAAGUUAUGUAAUUAAUGUUAUAUGAAAACUAAUUCCGUGUAGUGUCGUGUUUUUUUUUAGUGUUGUGUUUUCUACGCACCUAAUAUCAUCAGUAAUGCACUUAAAAUCUCACAAA